AUGGUCUUUUCAGAGCCAUGGGCUCGCCGGAUUGCUGUAUUCCUUGUUUGUGUGAUCUUCAUUCAGCUUCUCUUUCUAUUUCAUGACCCUCUACAAUCUGUUCUCCUUCGUAACACCAACAAUGAUGCAGACGGUAGUCGUACCACUACGUCAGACCGCAUCAAGGCACAUCAUCCAACCGUACCACUGGACCUUCCAGAACUUGCUAUCCUCGACGAACUUUCAUCUGUCAUUGUUGAUAGAGAAGCUCAGCGAACGUUCGCAAAGUCGGGAUAUGCUACUAUCCAUGGGACAACUAUUGCAGACGAUCCUGAGGAGGCGAAGCGGAUUCGGGAUCAAAUCGACUGUUGGUCUAAAUAUGGGUCCUGGGUUCGAGAUGACGAAGGUCCAACAGCAGCAGCAGAUACCAAUGAUACAUCCCCAUUGAGACCUUGGUCAGCUAGGAAACAUUAUGGGGACCCACUGUUCAACAAGUGUGAUGUUCGUUUCAUGGAUGGAUUGAACGAUAUAGACAACGCAGGUUUGGGUGCAUACUUCCAAGGAACAUACGAUGAUCAGGAUGGGCAUGGUUGGAUCGUUCGGGAGGCUGUCAAGUAUAAAUGGGUGCCCGACGAAAACAUUUGUGGACCACACGCAGUAGCAACAACAUCGACAACACCCAUAGGAUUAAGAGACGCUCGUGCAGAGUACAAAUCCUUCAACAAGGCCGAGUUUUGCAAGUCGUUGGCUCAAAGAAGUAUGCUUCUUGCAGGGGAUGUUACACAAUAUCAACUACACGAUGCGAUCCUCAGUGCGGUUCAAGCAACUCCAUUCGUUUGUCAUGGCGAACAUUCUUGUCUCCAUGCAGCUCCACAUGAACUCUGUCCUCCUACGACAGAUGAUGGGGUUGAAAUACCAAGGCCUGCACCGGGCGGCAUCGAUGGUACAGAUGGUGCUACUAUUCAACCAACGGUGCCUUCACUCAAAUACGCACGGAAUGAUGUUAUCUCAAUCCCUCAAGCUUUCCAUUUAGGAGACUACGAUAAUAAUGACAACGACUUUCCCAAUGCAAAGACAAUAGAGCAAGCAUGGGCCACUGAUAUGGUAUUGAAGAAUUAUGGGAUUGUAUUCCUUAACAAAGGUCUACAUUAUCAACCAGACGAAGAGUUUUUGACAGAGCUGGUGUUUACGAUGAAACAACUCUGGAAAUUUUAUCCGGACCUUGUGAUCAUUUAUCGAGCUACCCAUCCAACUUCUAAUUGUACGAUUCUCAAGGAACAAAAGGAGGAUGGAGCUCUUGGAAAGCUACUGAAUGAGGGCAAGGAUACAGAUCAGAAUGGGCCGUUAUUAUCGGUAAAUCCUGGGGCGGCACUUCAGCAACCCUUAGCAAAGGCACCCGCUCGAACUUCAGAACGGCUCGUGAAACGGGAUCUGCAAGCCAGCGGCAGCAGCAAUACAGAUGAAGCCUACAUAGUGUCCAGACCAUCAUUGGCUGAUGUUCAACGACAGAACAAGAUGGCUAAAGUCAUUGUAGAGAGUGCUGGAGGUAUAUUUUUGGAUACAGAAGAAAUGUUUGCAAAGAGGCCUGAUGGGCGAAUGGGCGAUGGUGAUUGCUCAAGAUUUUGUGCACCUGGGCCCUUGGAUGCAUAUGUGGAGCUAGUCUUUAAUGCUCUUAGGAUCUUACAGAUCAAGCCCUACCAACCCUUAGAUAUCCCCUCUUAUUGA